AAAUGCCUGCCCACCUCCCGGAAGCUUCCAUUUCCCCGCUUGUUUGGGCAUCGCCUGCCGAGGGGUGUGUUGAAGCGGGCGCGGGGCGCCAAGAUGCCAGUGGCGGUGAUGGCGGCGACGAGCGGCGCCUUCAGUUACCGAAAGCUGCUGGAGCAAUGUGAGACUCAGGAGCUGGAGGCCCCUGGAGGAAUAGCGACACCAGCUGUUUAUGCUCAACUUCUAGCUUUGUAUCUUCUGCAUAAUGAUAUGAAUAAUGCCCGUUAUCUCUGGAAGAGAAUUCCUACUGCUAUUAAGUCUGCAAAUCUUGAACUUGGUGCAAUUUGGGCAGUAGGGCAGCGAAUCUGGCAAAGAGAUUUCCCUGGAAUUUAUACAACAAUUGGUGCACAUCAGUGGUCUGAAUCUGUUCAGCCAAUUAUGGAAGCACUUAAAGAUGCAACUAGGCGGCGAGCAUUUGGAUUAGUCUCUCGAGCAUAUCCUUCUAUAAGUGCAGAUGACUUUGCAGCCUUUGUUGGACUUCCUGUAGAAGAAGCAGUAAAAGGAGUUCUUGAUCAGGGAUGGCAAGCAGAUUUGUCAACUCGCAUGGUUAUGCCUAAAAAGCCAGGUCCCCAGGAGCCUACUUUUAACAGAUUUCACCCACUGUCAGAGCCUGCUCCAGUUCCACCAAUUCCUAAUGAACAGCAGUUGGCCCGAUUGACUGACUAUGUAGCUUUCCUUGAAAAUUGAUAACUCCGGUCACAUUCAUGACAUGCUCUGUACUUUGAGAUUCAUUUGCAUUGUGUUUAUUCUGUUCAUUGUUGCAGCAUAUGCACUAUAAGGGAAUAUGCUAACAAAACAUAAUUUUGCAUUUUAUCCUUAUAUUGAUUUUAUCGGAGCGAGAUUUUCAAUUUAACUUCCAUAAUUAAUUGGCUGAGUACGUAAUAAGGUUACAUGUUUAGGCAUAAAUAACUCUUUCAUUUUAUUGUGAAAGAGGCAGCUGCUCUCCAUUUAUAAUCUGUUGUAAAUUGAAGGAAGAGUUAACCACUACCAUGGCUUAGCUGAAAACCAAACAUGGAAGACUAAAUGUGGUCACGGCAAUGCUCUUUAAACUGCCUAUCAGAAGACUUUGCAAUGUCUUUCCCUAAUUACAUAUUGCUGUGCAUUUUCAGUGGGUUUCUGCAUUGGCUUGUUACACUUUGGAAUAUCUAAUGAAGGCAGAUUUUGAAGGUUAUAUUUUGAUAUAUUUAAAAGAUCAGUUCUUGUAUAUAAGCACCCAUUAGAUCUGGGAGGUACCAAAAGUAUGUAUGUGGGAGGAAUAUAUUUUCAAAAAAAUGCAUGGCUAAUAGUUCUUGCAUAACAGUCCUGUUAGUAUUCUGGUUUCAGACUUAAAAAAGCAUUGGCUGAUUUCUCAAACAGAUAGCUUGCUUGUGUUUAAACCAAAGGUUUAGAUUGCCUUUUGGAUGUUGCUUGUGCUCACAAAAAACAGCAUCUGAUUGUUGAAGCCAGUGGAGGAAAUGAUCCUUGAACUUCAGCAGAUCUUUUCUGUGUUGGAAUCUUGCUGAUUUGAGAAGGAAGGGGCACACUUUGCUUUGUCAUUAAUUUUUAUAUGGCAUGUUCUUAGAGUUGUGGUUUUUUUUCCCUCCCUUCUGUUCAGAAAUUACUGGUAUCUGUCCUCUGUAGUGACACUUCUCUCCUAGUGCACUAUUACUGUAUGUUCUUAACAAUGUUUUGGAUGUGUUUGAGUGCAAAAGGGUCCUAAUGUCUGCACAGUUACUUUUAAGAGUGUCUAAAGGAGUGUAACCAUUGAUUUUGCUAUUUAUUUGAAAACCUUUUUAAGCCUCAGAGUAGAUGGGAAGCUUAAUUUUGGUAUUAUUAAAAUAUGUUUACACCA